AAAAGUCUAGUGGAUUAAAGUGUUCAGCAGUGACUUUUCCAGCUGCAGUUGAAUUGUUGAAUCCCAAUGGCCUUGCUGUUUGUCUUGUGCCUGAAUGCUGCUGUAGGUGCAGCGUUCGCAGGAUCCCAUCUGGUUCCCGAGACAUGUUUGCAGGGUCCAAAGUUCUGGUGCAAGGAUGUGGCUACAGCUGCUGAAUGCAGGAGGGAGCAGUGCUGCUGGGAUCUUCAGAGCAGCUCUUUGUUGUGGGAGGUGCUCUCAGAAGUGGAUGAGGCUUCUGCCCCAGGGAAGAAAUGCUCUAUGUGCAUUAAGAUCAUCCAGAAGCUCCAGGAAUUGGCUGGAAAGGAUCCAGAUGAAGAAGCAAUUAAUAAUGCAAUCCAAAAGACAUGUAAGACUCUCUGCAAGCCUCUGAGUUGGGUUUGCAAAACCCUGCUGAAAAAGUUCAGAGAUAAGAUCAAACAGGCAAUGGAGAAUAGCGAGGAUCCUAAAGAAAUAUGUGUUGACCUCAAAAUGUGCCGAAGUGACUCAAGGAUACUCCCAGCACCAGAUUCUGCUUCUUACAGUGCUGCAUAGUGAUCCUGGAGACCAACACAGAGGAUUUUAGAUGCUUGAAGAAAAUGCGAGGAGGAGAACGAAUAAAUAAUUUAAAAGUGCUGUAAGGCUUUGACCAGUUGCUUGCCUGUGAUGCCUUUUUACCUAUUGGUGUUGCACCAAAUAAAAAUGCAUUGAUCAAUCUA